UUCUCUUAAACUAGCUCAAAUCCGCCCUCCCUUAGAUACAGCUCCGUGCGCUUUCAAGUAACUUAGGCAUUAUCCGUCGAGCCGAGGAAAUCAAAUCCCCAGCCUACAAAUCUCUGGCCGAUGUCAGCGCCAAUGCUCACAGCUCACAAGUCCACACACAAGCAUUGCACCAAGACACACAUCACGGGGUGUUUACUUCACUACGAUGUCGUCGGCAGACGAUACCCGACGCACGCGUGGCAGGCGCGCGGUGGCGGCGCCCUGUUCGCCGGGCAGGGCACCGCGCUGGUCUUUGCGUCCUACCCGGUGCUCCUGCUGCUCGUCCUGCUCUCAGCGUUCUUCAAGCAUGUCUGGAUUGCCCUCGUGCUCUACUGCUCGGCCAUGUUGGCGCUCUCCUGCGCCGGCCGCGUCUUCGCUGGGCCGGUGGUGGUAGCGCACGACGAGACGGCCGUCGAGCGGGGCGGGCUGUCACAGGCUACCCUAGCGGCGAUCCCUGCGUUCGUUUACGGCGCCUCUGGGGCAGGCAGUGGUCGUGUCGGCGAUGGCGAGGCCGAAUGUGCGGUGUGCAUAGAGACUCUGCGAGCCGGCGAGACAGCGCGGCGGCUGCCGGUGUGCGCGCACACGUUCCACGUGGGGUGCAUCGACAUGUGGCUCGACUCGCACGCGACGUGCCCCGUCUGCCGGUGCCACAUAGAGCCGCACAAGGGCGGCAAGAUGGCGCCGUUGCUGCCAGAGCCGCCCUUGCCGCCGGUGUAGCUGUUGGUGGCUGCAGCACGAGAGCUAUUCAAUAUACAAGAUUGUACAUAUUCAUAUUCAUAUUCAUAUUCAAUCAGUUGUGUCGUCUUUGCUA